AUGAAAGUCAUCCUCUCCAUCGGCGGCUACAACUGGUCACCCAAAUUCGAACCCGUCGCCGCCGAUAAAUUCCGUCGCGCAACCUUUGUCUCCUCCGCCGUCAAACUCAUGGCCGACUUUGGGAUGGAUGGCAUCGACAUUGACUACGAGUACCCAAACACCACUGAAAAGAAUCAGAAUUGCGUAAAGCUCCUGUCCGAACUUCGCACAGGCCUGGACGACUUUUCGAGGAAGAAUGCAGGCGGGUACCACUUCACCCUAGGUUUUCCCGCGCCUGCAGGACCUCAGAACUACAAAGCAUUUGACUUCCAGGAAAUGGAUAAGUCUCUUGACUUCUGGUCACUCAUGGCAUUUGAUUUUUCCGGUGCCUGGGAGAAUGUCACAGGCCACCAGUCCAAUGUCUUCCGCAGCAAGCGGAAUCCGCAAAGCACUAAGGCGAGCGUUGAGAGGGCCUUCGAGGACUACGUUGAAGGAGGAGGGAUCUCUCCUGCCAAGAUCAACUUAGGUAUGCCCCUCUAUGGUCGCGCCUUCAGCAACACAAAGGGUUUGGGAAAAUCGUACAGCGGACUACCGAAUGGCACUCUCGGCCAAGCUGGAGUCUAUCUCUACAAAGACCUCCCCCGGCCCGGCGCGACGGUCCAUUGGGACAGUACGGUCAAGGCCACGUACUCAUACAACAACGCGACGCGAGAGCUGGUGACCUUUGACAACAUGAAGAGCGCAAAGUACAAGCAGGCUUACAUCAAGAAGAAGAGGUUAGGCGGCGCCAUGUUUUGGGAGGCCACGGGCGACAAGGCGGGUGACGAGAGUCUUGUCCGUAGUAUGGCGAAGGGGAUGGGCAGACUUGAACAGUCGCAGAACUUACUGUCGUACCCGACUUCUCAGUAUGACAACAUUCGCAAUGGGAUGAAGACAAAUUCUACUGUGCCGUGA